UGCAAAGGUUUAUGGGAUGUAUUUAUGGUAAUAUGACUCCUGGCAGAGUCCUAUAAGAGAACCCUGCCCGUACAGGUUGAUAGAGAAGGAACAGGGAGCUGCAAGACACGUCUGGAGUAUUGGAGGCCUUUUCCAGAUCUGUAACCACCGACUUCACCAUGCUGUUCAACACGCUGUCCGUCCUGCUGCUGCUCUCUUGUCUCUGCCUCACAUUAGGACAAGUGUCCAUUGAUGACUGCUGUCUAAAGUAUGUGAAAGAAUUAGAUAAAAGGGCUCAGAGACAUGCAGUGACUUACAAGCAUCAGAAGCCAGAUGGAGGCUGCAACAUCCCUGCUGUAAUCUUCAUCAUGAGGAGGGGGCGGCUGUUUUGCACAAACCCUAACGAGAAGUGGGUCAAAGAACUGAUGCAGAAGAUAGACAAAAAGGCAUACAAACACCUGAAGCACAAUCCACGACAUCCAAUUAAAAACUGAAGACGACUGCUCAAAGCGCCGGUCGCUGUUAAUCAAUCUGCCCUGUUGAGCAACAAGCAGUUUUAUUGAGGUUUAAUGGUGUCUAAAAGGCCAGUGAUGAGUGGAGUAUGGAAAUGUUGUAGCACUGCUUUUGCUUUCAUUCUGCAUUAAGGUCAAAAGCUGGUCAAGAGUUGCAGCACAACUUUGUUCUUGCUCCUGCACUUGAAGCUUGCUGGUCACCACACCGUGCACACGUACGCCUGUAAGCACAUGGCUGCUUCAGAGGAAACAUUUGUCACAGUUUUCGUGCCUGUUAAGAAAUCAUCCUUUGCAUAAACUUUAUUUUUUCUAAUCGCAUAAAUGGUGGCCAGUAAAUUAUACAUGUGAUAUUACAGUAUCCAGUCCAUAUGUAAUGUAUCCACAUGCCUAUCAAAUAUAAAUGUACAUGUGAAAUUUCAAGAUGUGAAUGACAUUUAUAAAUAUUUUUCAUUGGGAAAAAAAAGCUUUUAAUUUUCAUUUAGUUUUUUUUUUCUUUCUUUUCACAUUUUUUAUAUGCAGGCUUUAUUGCAGUAUAUGUGUUAUGAAAUACUUACAUCAAUAAAGUUUCAUAACAAGUCC